UCCAUUCUCUCAUGCAUUUCAAUCUCACAAUUUUUCACUCUUCUCCUUCCUUCCCUCCCAAUCUUCUCAAAUCUCAACCUCCUCCUCUUGUCUUCUACCUACCCUUAAUGGCACCCACGAAGUCACCUCACUCUCCCUUUGUUUUAGGCACCUCUCCCUGCCUCAACAACUUCCAUUAUUCCUGCAGCCCUCAGAUUCCCAAACUGUUAGCUGGUGGUGAUCUUUGCCUCUGCAAAUAAUGAAAUUCGAAGACUUUCUAAUGCAGCGAAGCGAGGAGAAGCAGAAAAAACUCGACCUUGAGGAAGAGGUUAAGAAAUUGCAGGCAGAGUUGGAUGGAGAACAAACACUUGGCAGGUUUCUGCAAUGUGCACUCCAUGGACCUGUCAGUCAUCCUUGUCUUUUAUCGUUGUUUCCACCUCAGUUUCAGGAGCUGUUUUUGGAGCUGGCAAUGGUGGAGGAAGAGAUAGGUCAACUCGAAAGAAAAGUCGAAGAGCUGAAACUGAGGUUGUACCAUGAGAGGGAACAAACAAGAGAGUGGGAAGUACAGCGGAAGCAAUUAGGGCAACAGAAUCACUUGUUAUGCAGGGUGGGAAACCAGUCAGUGGUGAAUGAAGAGAGAUGCAGAUCACAGAACUACGAAGCUUUGAGAAAUUUGAGAAAAGAAAGAAGGUUGAAGGAUAGAAGAGCUUCUGUAGGUUCUGCAGCAGAUAUCCCAAGAUGGAAUUUCACAUAUGCUGAUGGUGAAACUGCUGAAUUAUCAAGGAGACAAAGGGGAAGAAGCAGAAACCAGGGCCAUGGAGAAAAUGAUCUGAAACCAAAUGAACUCUCGGAAGAACUUCUCAAGUGCCUUAUAUCCAUAUUUCUUGAACUGAAACAAACAUCACUCGACAAGGAGGGAUCAUCUGUUGUCCCAAAGCUUGCACUUUCCUGCAUGAACUCGAAGGGGCUCAUUCCGAAGACCUCAUUCAACUGCAAAUCAUCCACAAUUUUCUUCAACUACAACACCUCGUCCAAUGCCGACCCUUACUGCAUAUUGCCCGACUUAGACGGUGCUGUCAGGGAUGUUGGCCCGUACAAAAACUUCAUCCAGAUCACGAGGAGCACGUUUGAUGUCAGCCGAUUGUCUGAGUGUUUGAAUGCAAUCGAAAAGUUGAGGAAUUUGAUGCAUCAGCUGUGUGACGUGGACUUGACUUCCUUGACCUACAAGCAAAAGUUGGCGUUCUGGAUCAACAUCUACAACGCCUGCAUCAUGCAUGCAUUUCUGGAACAUGGGCUGCCGUCCACACCGGAGAAACUGCUGGCACUUAUGAACAAGGCUGCUCUAAAUGUCGGAGGCAUAGUGCUGAAUGCUCUGGCUAUCGAGCAUUUCAUUCUCCGCCAUCCAUCUGAAUCGAAACAUGGGCCUGCCUAUGAGAAGGAAAUGCUACUAAGACAUGCGUACGGUCUCGGAUACCCUGAACCUAACGUCACAUUUGCUCUUUGCCGCGGCAGUUGGUCCUCACCGGCAUUAAGGGUUUACACCUCCGACGACAUAGUCAAUGAGUUGGAGAGAGCAAAACUGGAGUACUUGGAAGCUUCGGUGGGAGUCACAAGCAAGAAGAAAAUUGUGGUGCCCAAGCUCCUUCAAUGGAACAUGCUCGAUUUUGCAGACGGUAUGGAAUCAUUGCUGGAAUGGAUUUACAGCCAACUGCCGCGGUCUGGUUCGUUGAAACAAUUGAUAAUGGAAUGCUUGAAUGGAGAGACGAAGUCUCCGAUAAUCAGAACGGUGGAAGUCCAGCCUUAUGAAUCCGAGUUCCGGUACCUGCUGCCGUUGUGAGCCAAAAUAACAAGAGUUGCAGAAGGGCAUAGCCUGUAGCUUUAACGUCAUCGGUUAAUCGAAAUGUAACUAGCUCCGGCGAAAGAUUAAUCACUGUGCAGAGAAAUUAAAUGUGAUUAGCUAAUAACUUAUUGUACACUCUCUUCAAUCAUUCCACUGGAAAUGUGUACUUCAUAUGGAUUUAAAUUACAUAAAAUUUCAUGUCCCAUAAAUUACAAGAAGUAGAGACUGAAAAUCAA